CUGGAUCUCUCAAAGUGCCGCUCGUUCUCUCCAUAUCCUCGACACGAAGACUCUCGGUAAUAUUACUCGAACGCGACACCUUGCAACAAUACUGAGUCUCACACGAUAGCAUCCAGCUCAGAGCAUCACCAUCCACCCCAACAGCGGCCACCAGACAUAAAGCCCAUCUCCAGAAUGUCGCAAGCUGGCGCAAGACUCAUGGGAACCCUUCCCGUGAAGGACGCUUUCUGCGGUCUAUCGCCCCGAACCAUCGCCCUUCUCAUCACACCUCUGCUGGUGAUGGUCACCGCAGUAGAAGCAGCAUGGGACGCCUACGUGCUCGCAGAAUUUUCAGACGGUCUAUCAACCUUUCGAAAGAUUUUAGCCGGUCUUCAAGUCGCUUUGCUCGCCAUUCUCAUCGUCCUCUUUGUCGCAGCUUACUUUGUCGGCAUCAUUCCUAGGAAGAAUAAAGUGGUGAAAUUCUUGGCUCAUAUCGCCUUGUUGAAAGGCUUGGCCCUAGGACUGGUGGGCAUCAUCCACAUCAUCUCCGUCGUCAAGAACAAGGACGAGUUUCACGACGAUUGUGUCAAGAAGAAUACCGAGGACUUCUGCUCAGAGCGCCUGACACGCACAGCUGAACGCCAUCAACAUCGGGUUCGCCGUCGGCCUCAUGCUCCUUCAAGAAUUGCUGUUGUUCAUCGACGCGCUUGCUCUGAACUCGCUCGCAAAGCAGACCGAAGUGGUCAAGGAGUCAGGCGAAGCUUACAAAUAUGCGCAUCAGUCUCACCCUUACUCGCAACCUCAGUACGCUGGCUCGUACGCAUGAGGGCUGCGGACAGCCUUGCAAGAGAUCCUGAGCCCACCUGCCGUGGUACAUUUGUAGAUAGUAUCCUUCUCUUCGUCACCUCCGGCCAAAUAAUACAUAUACCUGACAUUUGACCUUAUUUAUCGCAAGUUUGUAAUCGCCUGUUGCUUUGUGUGUCUCUCAGGCAACACACCAGCGUCUGAGC